UGCAACCAAACAUCUUCUAGUCAUUGCCCAGCAGUCCUCGUCAGAGAUGGGCAGUUAUUAUUCCAACUUGAUCCAGUACCGAGGCCUGAUUCAGAUGAUCCUAGUGCUAGGAAUAGGUGGAAGCUUCCCUUAUGGGUUUCAUAUUUCAUCAAUUAACUACCCCUCCAUGCAUAUUAAAACCUUUAUCAAUGAAACCUGGAUGGAGCGUCAUGGCUCACCCCUCUCUCAAGAGACUAUCCUCUUAAUGUGGUCCUUCAUUGUGUCCAUCUAUGGUCUAGGAGGUCUGAUAGGAAGUGUUUGCUGUGGGUACCUUACCACAAAAUAUAGGAAAAAGAAGUGCCAGAUGUUCACCAACUUAAUCAUGCUGGUUGCUGCACUGUUCAUGGCUUUUAGCAAGAGGGCCAAAUCCUUUGAGAUGAUCUUCCUCGGGCGCCUCUUUUGUGGAAUUGGCAUUGGAUUUUCUUUCAAUAUACACCCUCAGUAUGUGGGAGAGAUUUCACCCAAGAAGUUCCGUGGCUUUACAAAUGCCACAGUGGCUGUUUUUUUAACCCUGGGCAAAGUCGCAGGGCAAGUUACUGGUCUCAGGGAAAUUUUAGGAAGUGAAUCUCUGUGGCCUUUACUGCUGGCUUUUACUGGAUUCACAGCAGUGAUUCAGCUGGUUACUCUCCCUUGCUAUCCUGAUUCCCCACCAUACCUUCUGAUACAGAAGGGCAACGAAGAAGCCUUCAUGAAAGCUAUCAAGCAGCUCUGGGGCGAAGGUGACCAUCAAGCUGAGAUCGAGGACAUAAAAAAGGAGAAGGCAGCCAUGGCGAGCUCCAAAAGUCUGCGGGUCCUUGAGGUUAUGAAGACCCAGUCCUUGCGCUGGCAGCUCUAUGUGAUGAUCACCGUCAUGACCACGUUGCAGCUCUGUGGCAUCAAUGCAAUCUACUUCUACUCUUUUGAAGUCUUCCGCACAGCCAAGUUCGAAGAAGACCUCAUCCCAUACAUAUCUUUGGGUGUUGGCAUUUGUGAAUGCAUCUCAUCCAUACUGUGCAGCUCCCUUAUUGAGCGUUUUGGCCGGAAGGUGCUGCUCUGGGGAGGCUAUGCGUUGAUGGUUUUUGUUCUUGCUCUACUCACAAUGACUCUCUCACUCCAACAUCGCUUCUUUUGGAUGCACAACUUCAGUGUCAUUCUCAUCUUCUUGUUUGUCCUCUUCUAUGGGAUUGGACCUUCUGGAGCCACAAUAUCUGUCAUGGUUGAAAUCUUCAAUCAGGCCUUCCGCCCAUCAGCCUUUGUGAUUGUUGGGUUUAUCAACUGGAUGGGUCUCUUUGUGCUCGGGAUGAUCUUCCCAUUCAUUGUGGAACACCUUGGACCCUUUUGUUUCCUGAUCUUCAUGGGAAUUCUUGCUGUUUCAGGAGUUUUCAUCUAUCUGUUCCUCCCAGAAACAAAAGGGAAAUCUAUCAUGGAAAUUACACUGGAGUUUGAUAAGUUAAAUUACAGCAAGAAAAAGGUUUUGGCUACAGAGAUCAGUUUUCCUAAUACAACAGACUUUUGCACCAGGCUAUAACUAUGCAAUUGCAUAAUUACCCCUGGGGGAGAGGGGUCAGGUCAUGUGUGCUGCUGUUAAAAGUGAAGCCCCCGCAUAAACUGAACUCAGCUUUUUGCACUGCUCUGUUGGAGGGGCAGUGUGGUGUAAGGUUAGAGUGUGCUGGACCUGGACUUGGACCUGGGAAACCUAAGUUGAAAUCACCACUAUGAAUCUCACUGAUUGACCUUAGGUUAAUCACUCUUUCUAACCUACCUCACAGGGUUGUUGUGAGGAUAAAAUGGAGGGGGGAUAACCACAUAUGCUGCCUGAAUUCUUUGGAGGUAUUCAAGAUGCUGUUCAAGGGCAGAAUCACAGGAAUGAAAUCUAAUUAUAAAACAUAUGUCCAUGAAAACUUACUAAAUAAAGAAUUCCAAAAAAUUCCACUGUACAAAGAUAAUUCAUUGUAACAACUCCAUAAAUAUAAGCAUACAACAUCAUUGUAAACAAUCUAUCAAAGAUUAUCUCAAGAAUAAUUCCACAGGAAAAAAAAUCUGGAAAAGGGAAGGCAAACAUUAGGUGAAAGCUGCAGCGAUGGUGGUCCUGCAGCUUGUUUUAACUUCUGCUGAAUUCCAUCAAGCCAGAGCCCGGAAAAGGACUGACUGGACAGUGAUUCCCUUCCUGCCAGAAGGUGUCGAGGCUCUGUGUUCUAGAUUAUUAUUUUUUUCACUUCAACGCCAACAAAGAUCAUUUUCUCAUGCAGAAAAAGGGGUUUCGUCCUCCCGCCCUUUUAAAGAGGCGAUUGGUUUAGAACGUGGAGCAUGCUGCCUCUCACGGACACCCUUCAACCACAAUGCCCCUCUUUCCAUGGGAAUGGCAGUGGGAGUGAAUCUCUUGGCUCUGUACCACUUGGCCUGCUUAGUAAAUGCGGCGCGUUGGGCAUCGAUUUUAAACAUCCCGGAGAAGCCA